AUGCAAAAUGGUUUUAGUGAUGAUUUAAAUGAACUAGAAAUUUCAUCAGUAAAUGUUGAACCACUUAAUAACCGAGAAAAAUUAGGGCGCCCAGUUUACAAAAAUCUCUGUCCCGACUUCAAAGAGCGAACUGCAUGUCUUCACCGAGACCUUAUUUCCGAUUGGAUAUCCCUUCUUUUAGCUGAAAACCGUGAACGAGUUGAAAACGUUGAUGAUACGUUUAAAUGCUUUGUGAACCCCAAAAGUGUGGAGUAUCUGUUUACUGUUUGUUUGCGGUUACAACUUCCACCGGAUGUUAAAUAUAUUGCUUUGGAAAUUUAUAACAAAUUUAUGACUCUCCAUACAACUUCCCUAUAUGAAGCAAUUAAUUCUCAAAAGAGUUUAUCAGUUAUGCAAAAGGAGGAAAAAUGGGAACAAAUAUUUACAACAGUUUCAAGACAAGUAGCAUUGAGAAUACUUUCUUCUGUUCAAAUUGCCUCUAAACUUCACAGCUACAGCAUGGGUCUAACAAUUGACAGAGUACGUUAUUGUCUUCAAUUACUUGGCUAUGCUUAUACUGAACAGUCUAUACGAAAAUCAGAAAUACGCGUUUUGAUGGCCAUUGGAUGGUGUGCAAAUGUUAUGCAAACGCCUGUUACUUAUAUUGAAACUUUUCUUCACACAAUUUGUGAGUUUUUCACGAAAAUACAGUAAAUCUAGUUUUAAGAUCGUCUCAAUUGUCAUCUAGAAAUGAACACCCGUGCUUUGUGGGAUUAUUCUUUACUCAUUAUGGAUUGUAUAUUUUUGCAUUCAGAAGAGUUUUAUCAACGAGUUGCAAUUGUUGC